CUUCCCUCCUUCCUUUUAAACAUGGGUAUGGACUGUUUUUGCUUUCAGAUAGACAUGUCUGUUUUAUUGCCCUGAUCUUGUCUUUUAUUUCUUUUCGCUCAAAUUUUAGGAACAUCUCAAAUAACGUUGGGGUAUCGCAGCUGUCUUAAGAAGGGAAGUUUUUGAACAGUCACCAAAGGAUAUGGAAGCUUGCAAGCCGCUCAAAUCUGAUAAUAAUAGAUUAAAGCACCGCCCUUUGACUCCUAUUCGGGUUUUAAGGGGUCUUCUAUGUCUAGUGGUGUUUCUUUCCACCGCCUUCAUGUUUUUGGUGUAUUUUGCACCUGUGAGUGCUGUCAUGUUACGGCUUUUCAGCCUGCAUUACAGUAGGAAAGCAUCAUCCUUCCUCUUUGGCCUGUGGCUGGCUCUGUGGCCUUUUCUGUUUGAAAAAAUAAACGGGACCAAAGUGGUUUUUUCUGGAGAUAUGGUUCCAGAAGGGGAGCGUGUUUUGCUUAUUGCCAAUCACAGAACUGAGGUUGACUGGAUGUACUUGUGGGAUCUUGCAUUGAGGAAAGGGUGUCUGGGCCACAUGAAAUAUAUUCUUAAAAGCAGCUUGAUGAAACUGCCUGUCUUAGGUUGGGGAUUUCACAUCUUGGAGUUCAUUGCUGUGGAGAGGAAGUGGGAAAUUGAUGAAUCAGUUUUGUGCAAUAUGCUUUCCACAUUUAAGAAUCCUCAGGAUCCAUUAUGGCUCGUUCUGUUUCCUGAAGGAACUAAUUUUACUGAAGAGAAAUGCAAGAAGAGUCGAAAAUUUGCAGCUGAAGCUAAACUGCCUAUGAUGUUCAAUGUCUUGCUCCCAAAAACAAAGGGCUUCUGCUUUUGCUUGGAAGCACUGCGGGGCUCCUUGAAUGCAGUUUAUGAUGUGAGCAUCGCAUACAAGCACCAAUGCCCUUCCUUUAUGGACAAUGUGUUUGGCGUGGAUCCUUCAGAAGUUCACAUUCAUGUUCUGCGUAUCCCAAUUGAUGAGAUUCCAGCUUGUGAUACGGGGGCUGCAGCAUGGUUAACGAAUAGGUUCCAGCUCAAGGACCAAUUGCUCUCAUAUUUACAACAGAAAGACGAUUGCUGCAGAAUGAAUGACUCAUCCAAGGUUAGUAAAUUAAUCACUCUCUUAAACUUUUGUAUUCCAUAAA